AUGGUCGUGAGGAAGACCUGGGUAGGAAAGAGCUGCCUCCUGCUGGCGCUUUUAGCAGUGGCCUAUGUCCUUGUGGAGUUCUCGGUCUCCACUUUCCAUGCCUCCCCAGGAGCCGGCCAUACCAGGGAGCGGGUCUCAAGACGGCUCUCAGACCUGGAGAAAAAUUCAGAGGAUUUGUCUCGACCACUUUAUGAGAAGCCCCCUGCAGAUUCCCAUGCACUUGGGGAGUGGGGGAAAGCCAGCAAACUCCAGCUCAACGAGGGUGAACGGAAGCAGCAAGAAGAACUCAUUGAGAGAUAUGCCAUCAAUAUUUACCUUAGUGACAGGAUUUCUCUGCACCGCCACAUAGAGGAUAAAAGAAUGUAUGAGUGUAAGUCCAAGAAAUUCAACUAUAGGAGACUUCCCACCACCUCUGUUAUCAUUGCUUUCUAUAAUGAAGCAUGGUCGACUUUACUGCGCACCAUUCACAGUGUUUUAGAAACUUCUCCUGCAGUCCUCUUGAAGGAGAUCAUCUUGGUGGAUGACUUGAGUGACAGAGUUUAUUUGAAGACACAACUUGAAACUUAUAUCAGCAAUCUUGAUAGAGUCCGCUUGAUUAGAACCAAUAAGCGUGAGGGGCUGGUUAGGGCCCGCCUGAUUGGGGCCACUUUUGCCACUGGUGAUGUCCUCACUUUCUUGGAUUGUCACUGUGAGUGUAAUUCUGGUUGGCUGGAACCACUUUUGGAAAGGAUCAGCAGAGAUGAAACAGCAAUUGUUUGUCCUGUUAUAGAUACCAUUGAUUGGAAUACUUUUGAAUUCUAUAUGCAGACGGGGGAGCCCAUGAUUGGUGGAUUUGACUGGCGUUUAACAUUCCAGUGGCAUUCUGUCCCCAAACAUGAAAGAGACAGGCGGGAAUCGAGAAUUGACCCCAUCAGAUCACCCACCAUGGCUGGAGGAUUGUUUGCUGUCAGCAAGAAAUAUUUUCAGUACCUUGGAACAUAUGAUACUGGAAUGGAAGUGUGGGGAGGUGAAAAUCUCGAGUUGUCUUUUAGGGUGUGGCAGUGUGGUGGUAAAUUGGAGAUCCACCCAUGUUCCCAUGUGGGCCAUGUAUUCCCCAUGCGGGCACCGUAUGCUCGCCCCAAUUUCCUACAGAAUACUGCUCGGGCAGCAGAAGUGUGGAUGGAUGGGUACAAAGAGCAUUUCUACAAUCGAAACCCUCCAGCAAGGAAAGAAGUGUACGGUGAUAUUUCUGAAAGAAAAUUACUACGAGAACGGCUGAGAUGCAAGAAUUUCGACUGGUAUUUGAAAAAUGUGUUUUCCAAUUUACAUGUUCCAGAGGAUAGGCCAGGCUGGCAUGGGGCUAUUCGCAGUAUGGGGAUCUCUUCUGAAUGUUUAGAUUAUAAUUCUCCUGACAACAACCCCACAGGUGCUAACCUUUCACUGUUUGGAUGCCAUGGUCAAGGAGGCAAUCAAUUCUUUGAAUAUACUUCAAACAAAGAAAUAAGGUUUAAUUCUGUGACAGAGUUAUGUGCGGAGGUUCCUGAGCAAAAAAAUUAUAUAGGAAUGCAAAAUUGUCCUAAAGAUGGGCUCCCUGUUCCAGUAAACAUAAUUUGGCAUUUUAAAGAAGAUGGAACCAUUUUUCAUCCACACUCAGGACUAUGUCUUAGUGCUUAUCGGACACCCGAGGGCCGACCUAAUGUCCAAAUGAAAACUUGUGAUGCUCUAGAUAAAAAUCAAAUCUGGAGGUUUGAGAAAUAGUAGAGUACAACAGCACUUUCAUCAUAAGCUGACAAUAGCUUCAGUAAAAGUCAAAGAGCCUCAGAGAAGAUUGUAUUUUAUCAGAAGUCACCCACAGUCAUCUGUGAGAGCACUCUGAAGCUGUGGUUCAUUUUGGUAUAUUACACUGAAACUGGGUGCACAGAGUACUACUGUUUAAUAUUUCAAAGUGCCUUAUGGGUUGUUUUAUUUAAAAGCUUUGUCAAUAUGGUCUCUUACUUCUUCUUAAAGAAGUUGACUGAAUUGAGAUACAAGACAUUUAAGUGCCAGACUUAAUAUUAAAGAAUGUGAAAGUCCAAGUAAAAUGAGGUAUGAUUUGUGUUGAUGGGUAAGUUUACUGCACAUCCUAUUUUUUUAAACAAAACUCAUAAAUGUGCAGUGUGACCUAUUGCUAUUUUGAUUACAUAGAAUUUGAACUUUUUUAUCCAGCUCAUUAAAUUUUAGGUUUUAUUUAUUUUUCAAUCUAAUUUUCCUUUACUCGAAUAGAAAUCAAAGAAAGUUGAUCUUGGGGAGAGAGGCCUAGUUUUGAUAUAUGUGUCGUUGGAAGAGGGCAUUAGUUUGAAUUUGAGUUUGGAGAUCUUUUCGACAUACAGACUUCUCAAAAAACUAUACCCAUGUCUUAGUGACAUGGGGAGAUAUUUACAUUCCACACUUUGUAAACUUGAACUAUUGGACUUAACUGAUUUAUAUAUUGAUACCUCACAUUGCUCUGUUUUUGUAAGCUGUCCUCUCUGUGAACUUGUUUGUGUGUGUAGGGCAUUUUCUCAUUGCACUUCCUUAAGUUAUGAAUGUACUAGAAAGGGACCCAUUCGGAAUACUGUGCCUCCCUUUGUUAGUGCUUAAUCAUUUAAAGUAAACACAAUUGAGGCCUCUCUGAAGUUUAACCCAACUGUGUUUAUUGAAAUGUGUGAAACUGAAAGUGGGCCAGGUUCUACAAAGGCUGUGGAACUCUUCUACGAGCUCUUGCUGAUCAGGAAAUUUAAGGCUUUAUCUUAAGAAUAGAAGGAAGAAAAAGACUGCCUCGGCAAUUGUGAAUGCUGCCUUCUAGCUGGUUUUCAACACCCUGAGCACCCAUCUUGGCCCUUAGGCAGCUUUGAGUAAGUGGGUGAAUGAAUGACUGAAUGAGUGAAUGGCUCAGCCAAGGAAUGUAACUUUGCUCAAGUCACUUGAUGUGUUUGCUCCUCAGUUUCCUCAUCUGUAAAAUGUGGAUGCUGGAUUAGAUCUUGAAGAUCCUUCCAGCUCAGAAAUUUUGAUUGUACGUUAUACCCUUCUCAGAUUCAGUCACUGUGCAAUCGUAGCACUUUUUUUUUUAAUCUCUUCAUUUUUAACAUAGAAAAUGUUGUUGAGCAGCUGAGCAAUGUUCAGUCCAGUUGUGAAGCUGCAGAAAGAGAAAUAGUUUAAAAAUUAAGUGAGCUGAGCUCACCUGAAGUGGUUUAUGUCUAUGGGUGGAAAGUUGUUUAGUCACUGUUUGUAAUCAUUUAUUUUGACAAUUGUUGAACCAAUUUUGUUUUAAAAACUUUUAGACUCUAAAAGUAAUCUUUUGACUAAAAAUAUAAAUAUUUUCCAAACUAAAUUAUUUGAGAAGUAAACAUACUUUUUUUAAAAAAGUAUUUUUUCUGGUCUUAUACCAACGUUAUAUCCUGAAAUCAAAGGCUGAAUUUAGAGUUAAAUCUCGUUAGUUCACUUUGGUGUAGAUUUAUGAAAAAUGCAUAUUCCAGGAAGAAUUAAUCCACAUUAUUUAUAAGUAAAGUUGUUUUCAGUAUUUACUUGUGACUGGGAGAGGAGGAACUUUGCAAAAUCUGAACUUCAUAAAAUUAUUUAGAAUAACCAUUUAAAAAAUAAAUUGCUAUGUAAUCUUAAA